AUGGCCAAUAUUAUUGGACACAUAGAAGAGUUUAAUCCCAAAACUCAAGACUGGGGUACGUACGCUGAGCGUUUAGGCCACUACUUUAACGCGAACAGUAUUGACAAUAACAAAAAGGUGUCGACCCUACUGUGUCUUAUUGGGGGCAACACAUACACAAUUUUGCGCAAUCUCUUGGCUCCGGAGAAGCCUACUAACAAAACAUAUAAACAGUUAAUUGAUGUUUUGGCAACACAUUUCUCACCAAAACCGCUUGUUAUUGCCGAACGAUUUAGAUUUCGGAAACGAAACCAAGAACAUAAAGAAACUGUUACCGAUUACGCAGGUGUUUUACGGCAGAUGUCGCGAUAUUGCGAAUUCAAUGCAGUCUUAGAUGACAAUUUGCGUGACCAGUUUGUUUGUGGGUUAACAAGUGAAGCUGCACAGAAACGUUUAAUAACUGAGGAAGAACUUUCCUUCAAUAAAGCACUAAAGAUUGCACAUUCUAUGGAAACCGCAGUAAAAGAUAUUGGUGAACUAAAGUUAAACGUGAAUCAUUCAUCAGAAACACCUGUGUACAAAGUACAAAAUUAUUCAAGACCGCAAAAUCGCGCAAAUAUGCAAAAGUGUCGUCACUGUGGCAAAACUAACCAUGCCUGUAAAGAUUGCUGUUUCCAGAACAGCAACUGCAAUUCGUGUGGAAAGAAAGGACAUAUUUCUACUAUUUGUCGAAGUAAAAAGACGAAGCCAGAAAAAUUUAAGAUGAGUCUACAGAAGUCUAAAAAAGUGCAUCAAGUUGAUGAAUCGAAAUCUGAUUCUGAAUCUGAGAGUGAUGAAACAGCAUUGUUUUAUACAACACAAAAAAGAAAAAGUGAUGUCAUAUGGGUUCAUCCCAAAGUUGAGGGUGUUGAUUUUCCCAUGGAGCUGGACACAGGUUCUGCACUAUCCAUAAUAUCCACAGAAUUUUAUAAUAAACAUUUCAAACAUUUACCAUUACAGUCAACAAAAGUAGUAAUGAAAACCUACACAGGCGAGAAAAUUAAGCCUAAAGGUUUGGUAACAGUUGAAGUGGAGCAGAAUAGUCAGAAAGAACAACUGGAGUUGUACGUCAUUGAGAACGGAGGACCUCCGUUAUUUGGACGUUCCUGGUUGGAGAAAAUUAAACUAGAUUGGAUGGAAAUCAAGAAUCUGUCAUCAGUUGACGUGGAAGUUAGAAAUGAACUCAAAGAUACUUUGGAUCGACACAGUGAUGUGUUUAAAGAUGCACUUGGCACAGUGAAAGGUAUGGAAGUGAAAUUCAGUAUAAAUGAUGAUGCAUCGCCAAAAUUCAUAAAAGCUCGUCCAGUACCAUACUCCUUACGUAAACCAGUUGAUGAUGAAAUUGAUCGUCUAGUGAAAGAAGGCAUUCUUGAAUCAGUUGAUUUCAGUGACUGGGCAACACCGGUUGUCCCAGUCGUAAAGAAAAACGGUAGUGUCAGGCUAUGUUGUGAUUUCAAGGUUACCAUUAACCCUGUCUUAAAUUCAGUCCAGUAUCCAUUGCCACGGAUUGAAGAUUUGUUUGCUACACUAUCAGGUGGAAAACAGUUCAGCACAAUUGACUUGGCUAAUGCAUAUCAACAACUGAAAGUUGACAAAGAAGCACAAAAGUACUUGGUCAUAAGUACACAGAAAGGUUUAUUUCGUUAUACACGUCUACCUUUUGGAAUUACCUCCGCACCGGCUAUCUUCCAAAGGACAAUGGAACAGAUGCUUCAGGGAUUGCCAGGUGUCGUAUGUUACAUUGAUGACAUACUGAUUACAGGAAAAUCAAAGACAGAACAUUUAGAAAAUCUUGAGCGUGUAUUGCAACGACUGGAAGAUUGUGGCAUGAGAGCAAAGAAAAACAAAUGUUUCUUUUUCAAGGAUUCAUUGGAAUACCUUGGACACCUCAUUGAUUCUGAAGGGUUGCAUACCACCAAAGAAAAAGUUGAGGCAGUUACAAAUGCACCGGUUCCUGAAAAUGUGACGCAGUUAAGAUCAUUCCUGGGAAUGUUAAACUACUAUCACAGAUUUCUACCAAAUUUGGCAUCAGUCAUAAAGCCAUUAAAUCGACUGUUGGUUAAAGAUCAAAAGUGGAAUUGGUCAACAGAAGUGAACUCAGCAUUUGAGAAAGCUAAAACAAUGUUAGCAUCGUCGAUUGUUCUUGUUCAUUACAACCCAACCGUACCAAUUACCUUGGCUUGUGAUGCUUCGCCAUAUGGAAUUGGGGCAGUGUUAUCACACAUGUGUGACGGCAUCGAAAAGCCCAUUGCAUUUGUUUCCAGGACAUUAACAAAAACUGAACAGAAAUAUGCUCAAAUUGACAAAGAGGCUCUUGCAUUAGUGUUUGGUGUGAAAAAGUUCCAUCAGUAUCUGUACGGUCGGAAAUUCACUCUCGUUACUGAUCAUCGUCCACUCACGAAAAUAUUUGGUUCAAAAACGGGAAUUCCAACAUUGGCAGCAGCUCGUUUGCAACGGUGGGCUAUUUUCUUAGCCGCUCAUGAUUAUGAAAUCGUGUAUAAAAACUAUGAAAGUAAUGCAAAUGCGGAUGGACUUUCGCGACUACCACUGAAGUUUGCACCAAAUGAAAAAUGUCACACCGUAGAUAUAUUCAAUAUUUCACAAAUUGAACGCUUGCCAAUCAAAGCAGAUGACAUUCGGAAAUAUACCCGAAAGGAUCCAACAUUAUCCAAAGUGUUGGACUUGACCCAGACUGGUUGGUACAAGACACAAGAUCCAGCAUUACAGCCAUACUUCAUUCGUAAAGAUGAACUUACAAUUCAUCAAGGUUGCUUGAUGUGGGGCAUGCGUGUGAUUGUACCACCCAAACUUCAAUUACAAGUUUUGGAAGAACUUCAUAGUGCUCACAGUGGAAUUGUGAAAAUGAAGGAACUUGCAAGAAGUUACUUUUGGUGGCCUAAACUUGAUUCUCACAUAGAGGAUUUGGUUAAGUCAUGUGAAGAGUGUCAGCAGAUUCAGAAAAUGCCGGGACCAACCCCAUUGCAUCCAUGGUCUUUUCCUGAUGCUCCAUGGAAAAGGUUGCAUAUUGAUUUUGCCGGACCUUUUCAAGGCCACAUGUAUUUAGUUGUGGUUGACUCUCAUUCUAAAUGGCCGGAAGUGUUUAUGAUGAAAGCCACAACUGCAGAGACGACUAUUGAAAUUUUGAGACGAUUGUUUUGUCGUUACGGUUUGCCCUUGCAAAUUGUCAGCGAUAAUGGACCACAGUUUGUUUCAGCAGAGUUCAAGUACUUUCUAGAGAUGAACGGAGUACAGCAUAUUCUUAGUGCUCCUUAUCACCCAGCCACAAAUGGUUUAGCAGAACGUUCUUCAGCAAGGUCCUAUGACGCAGCUCGCUUUGGUUCGAGUACAGGCCCGAUCUGGCUGGCCGAGGUGGGGUGUAAAAGUCACGAACAGUCCCUGGAGGAGUGCUCAUCUCUUGGCUGGAAUCGCAGCUAUUGUGAUCAUGGGGAAGAUGUGAGCGUCAUCUGUGAACGUAAGUUGAUUGAUGACGUAUCACUGACGUAA